AUGAACGCGAAUCUGCAGCGUGGAAAGUCUAUAACAACAGAAACAGACCAGACGUACGUACCUCUCGACCUGUUGUCCAGCCGCAAUCUGAUCGUGAUCGACAGCGAUAUAUACAAGCUUUUUAUUUCAGGCAUUGUACUAUACCCCAUCGCAUUCGUGUCCACAAUCAGCGAGGAGGGCGUAGAGAAUCUGGCACCAUUCAGGUAA